UCAUGUAUGUACGACAACGUCAACGAUGCCGUGUUUAGUUCGCUGCAGCAGCACGUUGGAACGUCGCUAGACUGUUUUCCAAACGACUGUGCUUCCGAGAUUUCAAAACGAAUAGUUGGGUUCCUCGGAGACUUAACUCAGGCGGAUGGAAAUCAAGACAAAGCAGAUAAAUUUUUCAACCAGCACCAAUUAGAUUGGCUGUUGGAGAUAAUCAACUACUCUCUCAAAAAACCACCAGAUUAUGACACCUUCCGUACGUGUGUCUAUUGCUAUGUGAAAUGGCUUUCGGUUCUAUCCCCCAGUGGCUCCCCUAAAGGAAUCCCUUCUCCGGUCAGGGAUAGUCCUCAACACUAUGGCCGCAUCUUUCUUUCAAAUCUGAGCCAUGUCGCUAAUGAUGUCACUGGACCGGGACGAGAAGUAUUAUGCCAGCAUGUUUUGAUUCAAGUGCAAGAACUGUGUAAAGAAGUCCAGCCUGGCCAGACUGCAGCCCCUGAUAUCAAUGGAAUUCCUCAAAUUCGCAGGAAGCGGAAAAUGCGUCUAUCGAGCGCUGAUUACUUGUCCGAUCAUGGUUCGAACACGGAAAGUUCGCUGCAAGAUGAUAUAUCUUCAACUUCUUCAAACUACGUGAGCGACGGACAAUCUUCGACUUUGACCAAAACGCCCCCUCUUUCAGAGGAAACUUGGCAAUCUAUUUUCUUGCUACUUGUUGAAAUUCUAACCAAGGCAUUAGAUUCAAGUCAGUGUCACAACACACAGGAUGGACUUGAUAAGUUUCUGGAUAAUUUUUUCGACAUUUGGUUUCUAGCGUGUUCAAAACAGUACCCUAACCCUUCAUUCUGGAAAAGCCUUGAUCGAAUUUUGAAGCAAAAUUCUCUGCAUUACAAUACGUUGCGUAGCUGGAGCUCUCAGUUUUUGGGCUUGAAUCAAAAAGUUGUCGAAAUGAUUGUAAAAAUCGAGAGUGACAAAUCAGGCCUGCACCCACUUUCUCUGGACUCCCUGGACUGUCAACAACUGGUGCAUACAUGGUACCGGUUCUUCCAUUUUCCCAUAAAUCCGGCUCUGCUUCUCGAGUAUAAUUUUCCAAUAAAUUUGGCAUCCCAGGUACCGAAAUUGGAAAACGAUCAAGUAAGAUUCUAUUCUUUACUGGCAUUGAAAAUAGCCAGUACAGUGACUAGUGCCGUGUACCAGUUCAUGGGAAUGCCGUAUCUUUCGGCUAUAAGAGGUCAAUUGUUAGUCGCUACAAUAACAGCUGAUACAAGUAAUUCGACCGUGAACGGAUCUGUGACAAAUCACCAAAAUGCAACUGGGACCACGCAACAGGCUUUUACAGCUGGCCUUAGUAGACGAUCAAAUAGAAGUAACAACGCGAUCAAAAACGAAAUUGAUAAACAGGCAACCAAAGAGGUUCCUGUUGAGGGAUCGAAAAUGUUUGAUUACCCGUUGUUUGUGAAAUCUAGCAUAGUGCAAACUUCAGCAGAUAGUAUGCUUGAUGCUUUCGGAGACUUUUUGUUCAAAGUCUGUCUAACAGGUCCUGGGACUUCUAACGAAUUAGUAUACUCUCAGGCCGAAUCGUUAACUUGCUUGCUCAGGUUGUUUUCUUGGAAGAGAAAUACAGAAUCAGUAAAUUUGCAAUACUACUCCAUUUUCAACUGUUGUCUGUUCAAAGCACUAAAUCUACAGUUUGAAACCUCAAAUUGUGACGUUACAGCCUACGUCAUCCUUUCUUCGUGCAAUUUAUUAUGUAAUGGAGUGCGCUUUAGCAGCCAAUUAGUGCCAACAUACGUGAACAGAAUUUUCCAGUACUGCUCUGAAGAAAACGAACAUUUGCAAAGUUCAAUCGCAAACCCAGGGUCAAAUAAAGUACCGAGUUCUAUACGCUGUCAUGUACCUGUAACGAUUUUCUGGAAAGCAUGUUACCAUAUUCUUCUAUCAUCUUUUCCAUACUUUGUCAAAUUCAGUAAAGUAAACAACGAUCAAAUACCAUUCCCGACAUAUCUCGAAAAAGUCCACGAUUUCUGCACCAAACGGCUAGUGCAAGAAAAAGAUCCGCAAAGUAUAUCUCUGUUAAUAUCCUUGUUACAUUCUUUAAUUCAAAUAUCAAGCGGCCGAGGAUUUCUGGGAUCGAAACUUAGCAUUGAAGGUGCAAGUUAUCGCGAGGCACAGAAUUACAAGGUAAUUUCCUUACUGAUCCGAAAGGCUUUCUUGGAGUGGAGCGACGAGGCACAGGGCCACCCAAUUCUGACAGCAUUAGCUUUCUUGAGAACUCUAGCUCGUUGCUCUAACUUCAGCAGCGACUCAGUACGUCAACUAGUUGUUUCCAAGCUCUGCGAGUUAAUCGAAAAAUUGCUUCAAAAACCAGCGAGACACCAUAAAACAGCGUUACAUUCCCUAAUUGUGUCGUCUUACCGUACAAUCGCAAUUUGGUUGCAUAGUCGACCGUCAGUUUUUAACUGUGAGAAGUUGUUCAAACCAGUUUUGGAGUCAAUAGAAUACGGAAUAUCAGGGUCGAAAUCAGUUUCAAACGAUGCUUAUGUCUACAAAGAAGUGAAAGCACAGCGUGUACCGUCUCAGCGAUGUAACGACGCCGCUGAAAUACUGCUCAACUGUCUUGUCAACAGCCGGAAAAGAAGGAAACGGAAGCAACUUGAUCUCAAAAAACGUGAAGAAAGUGAAAACAAACUGCAAUUGUUCUACAUUUCAGGCAAAGAACGAGUUGUUCACGUUGAAGAAGAGUGUUCAUCAGAUUCAACAGAAGCGGAUGAAGAAUAUACGAGAGAAAAUUUAACAGUUUCAGUUUCAACGCCUUUCGGAAACGAAACGUAUCGUGUGUUUGAUCGGAACACUUCGGAUCUAGACAAACGCUCUACGGCUACUAUAAUUCCGGCUCGGAAACUAGGAUGCCAUAACGAUAUUACCUGGAACUAUAUCCCGGGUAAAGUUCCGUUUAUUCCAGAGCCUCUAGCAGAUGCAAUCUUUACAAAACCAGAAGAAAAAUUGUCUUCGCUACGCGGAGAAUCUUGUUCGGACAAGGAUUUUUCCAGUUUAAUAAGUGACUCAAUAAAUACGGAACAAGAUAUUGUGUGCUCCAAAAGUUAUAAAACAGCAAUUGUUUGCACCGAACCGACUCCCGUUGAGGGACUUCUGCAUACUAAGAAAUUUGUGGCGAAGUUUCCGUUUUUGCAGCCCAUCAAAGUUGAAAGUCAAGAUUUCAAGUCAAACACCAAUUUAGAAGCUUUGCAGUCUAAAAGCCAAUUGUGUGAAACUGGUUCCAAUGUUUCAGAAAUCGAAUUGUCCCAUUCUAUUUUGCAAGCGCUGCCGCUAAAAAUGAGUCAAGUUGUCGAUGUCUUGUACCUUUCGGAAGAUUCAGUGACUUCGGGUUUUCUGAAUUCUGAGCAAAUUUACUUGGUUCAAAGGGAGGCUAAAUUGAAAGGAAAACUGAAACAUUUGAUCGAAUCAUUAGACAAUUUUUCAUCAAGUUCUGGUGAAAAUAUGAAGAUGGCUGAAGAUCCAUUUUGCGACAUCUUUUACAACUGCUUCCCGGAAAAUCCGAUCCACGAAUACAAUAACGGGUUUUUGCCUGGAAAGCUUUCUGUUAAUUCAAAUAUUGUAACCCAAAGUUGUCAGGCGAGCUCUGCUAACCUGCCUAAAUUUUUUGUUUACCUUUUUGCAAUAGAAAAUUUUGACCAGUAUCAACAUUUAGAUCCGACUUUUGUUUCAAAUCUUAUAAAUUCGGGAAAAACUGAGAAAGAACCUUUAGAAACUACAAGUUAUGUUUUCUAUUCCUUCUACGUACAUUCGAAUAGUUUGAUCACGAUUUAUAUUGAUAGCAACGUGAAAAACGUCAGUUUUCACCCCCUAGUUGACAAAUGUGUAAUUCGUUCAGAAGAUUUUGCAAGUAGUAUUUCGAAGUCGAUUCGAAGCUGUUUAUUUGAUUGGUCUAUCGAACAUAUCACUCCUUGUGCUAAACGAAGAGACUGUAUUCAGAGGUUCGGAGGGAAAAUGAAGAAUGAAAUGCUAACAAAAGAGUCUUUGUGGGAUAUUCGAAACUUGACUUCUGUUAACUCAAAAUAACUCGGACAGAUAUGUUUAGUUAAGUUUUCAGCUAUUUAGAUGCACAAUUUUUUUCAGUUUUCAGUUUUUGCCAUAAAUAUUCUGUUUUGUCUGUUCUUAAGUGCAAAAAAUGUGUAUGGUAAUUUAAGUUAAUUCGUUUUUUAGUGUGUGAAAAAGUACAGACGAAACAAGUUUUGAUGCACAAUUCAUAUUAUAUAGAAUUUUCAUUUUUGACCAAUGUGCCGAAUAUUAAAUUUCCAAUUAAGUUUAAUUAACCUAUCUCUUUGAAAUGCAAAAUGCCUUCAAAAAUUUGUAUCUGUUUAUGUUGCAACAUUCAUGUGUGCAGUUAAAGUCAUCCAAACAAUUUUCUUGCUCUGAUCGUUCAUUAAAGAAAUGACUAAUUUUUCUAUUCAUCAAUACGCAAAUGGCUCUUCUACCUUUUUCCAUCCCACAUGACAAACAGAUCAGUUUUACAGAGUAGCCAUUGAUUUUACGAAGAUUUUAA